AUGUCCUCGCCUUUCAAUCCGCUUGCAAACCUGACCCCGGCCAACGCGACCCCAGCCAACGCUGGAUUGACUCCCGCGCACGCACUCACCCCGUCGCUCGCCCUCGUUUCGCCCAACCUUCCCCUCCUCACCGCCUCGCCAGGCCUCGGCGCCCUAGCUGGAUUGCCAGGCAUCUCCUCUCUUCCCGGCAUCAAAUCUCCUCCUGCCCACGGAACGCCAUGGGCGUCCAUCUCAGCUGCGGCAUCUGCCGGCGCAGGAACAUUGAGUGCACCCCCAGCCCCACCGCCAGGAUGGGUGCCGUUCGGCGCGGCCGGCGCGGCAGUUGGAGAGGCAGAUGCCGAUAAUGCACGUCGAGCACUGAGUGAUGUCUCGCGACUGUUGGAACGCGCAGAGGUUAUUCGCGCAGAGAUGGGCGUGCUGGAAAAAGCAGUGUUUAGCGCUGGUGGAGGCGUAGAGGCCCUCCCGUCGCUGCAGCUUGAGUACGCUCAGACCCUCCUCGCACUCAUCUCGUUGUCGUCGGCGUACCUCGUCGGCGCGCUUCCUGUUCCCCUUUCGGCCGCGGCGGGAUACACGCCCCCACCGCCCGAUGGCGAGGACGGUGCUGCCUCUGCUACUGCUGCUGCUCCUCCUCCUCCUCCUCCUCCUGCUCCUCCUCGGCCGUCCACCCGCGCACAUGCCCUCCCGACAACAACCGAGCUGGCGGGCUGGACUGAGGGCCGCGCACAAGCCCAGUUCGCACGCCGCGAGGCCGUACGUGGCGCAAGCCGUGCCGUCCUCGACGUCCUCAACACGAGAUGA